AAAAUCGUUUUUACAAAUGAAUAAGUCGUUCUUAUUCUUAUAAGUAAUAAUUUGCUUGUCAGUUGCAGUUAAUAUCCAAAAUGACUAGAAAUUCUUAGAACCUGAAAAAAAGAAGAGAAACCAAGGUCUAAGAUAAAUAAGACUUCUAUAAACUAGUUGCUAUGAAUCAAGAUAAAUUAAGUGAGUCUUCCUUUGCCUAAACACAGCAAUCAGGUCCUGAAUAUAUGAGAAUGCAUAAUUACAAAAAUAUUCAAUACACUGCUGACUUAGGAAUAGGCUAACCUGGAAACACAUUCAAAGUUGUAUUAGAUACAGGAAGUGCUAACUUAUGGAUCGAUUCAAAUAGAUGUUAAGAGGAAGGCUGCAUGAGACACAAACAAUAUAAUCACGAGGACAGUCACUCGUUUUUGCCUUUGAAUUAAGAAUUGAAUGUUGAAUUUGGAAGUGGUGAUUUGAAAGGAGUUGUGAAUGCUGAUACUGUUUAUUUUGGUGAAGUUACAUUACCAAGAUAAAAUUUGGCAGAGAUUACAAGUGAAAAUGGAGCAAUCUUUAGAGAUCUUGACUUCGAUGGUAUUCUUGGUUUGGCCUAUCCAAAAAUGGCACCAAAGAAUUUCAAUCCAGUUUUUGAUAAUCUCAUGGAUUAAAGAGUUUUGGAGAGAAACUAAUUUUCAUUCUAUUUUGCUAAAGAUGCAAAUGACAUUGCUCAUAGUGAAUUUACUUUGGGAGGUUACAAUCCAGCCCAUGUAGAUGGAGAUAUUCAUUAUCAUGAUGUUAUUGACAAGUACUAUUGGAUGAUUAAAGCUGAUAAUAUUUUGGUAGAUAACAAAGAUAUUGGUUUAUGUCAUGGAUCUUGCAGACUUAUUGUUGAUACUGGAACAUCAAUCAUGAGUGGACCCUUUGAUGAUUUGGGUACCUUGUUGAGAACCUUGAAUGUAAAAUCUCAUUGCCAUGAAAUCAAUACUUUACCUACAAUUACAUUUAAGAUUGAUGAUGUUGAUUAUACAUUGGAACCUGAAGAAUAUGUCAAGCCUACUAAUUUUGAUGCAGCCUAAUUGACAGAAGUUAAUGAGGGAGAUGAUUUAUAGGCAUUAAUUGAAGUUAACAACUGGGAUUGUAUAGCAGCCUUCAUGCCUUUAGAUAUUUAAUAACCUCAAGGACCUGCUUGGAUUUUAGGAGACGUCUUCCUUAGAAAAUAUUACAGCAUAUACGAUAGAGACAAUGAUUAAGUUGGUUUCGCUAAAGCUAAAAAAUGAUUUAUUAAUACAUAAAAUAAAAAUUUGCUUAAUAAAA